AAAACGAAAGUGCCGAACAAUGGAAAACGAUAAUAGCGAGGAACAGUGCCACAUCGGCUUCACCUGCAACGGCUGUCAGCGUAGGAAUUUUCCGGGUCACCGGUUCCAUUGCCUAACCUGCCUGAAGAAUUUCAAUCUAUGCAACGGUUGCUAUGCUCUGGACGUGACCACCGAGGACCACAAGUUCGAUCAUGCGAUGCACGGCAUCCCUUCACCGGCAAAUCUGGCCUUGUUUUACACCGCUAACGGGCGCACGCGGGGCAAGUUCCCACUACUAAUCCGUUGUCCCUACUGCAAGAUAAACAAUUUCACCUUGGAAGAGUUUGAACAACAUCUGAAUGAGCUGCAUCCUGACGCAGAUCCCGACUUGCUGACCUGUUACAAGAUGGUGGCUUAGAAAUAGGGUGAAAUUUGGGUCGAACCGAUUCAAUAAAGUCAAUUAUCUUCUAAGGCUUCGCCC